AUGGAGUGGCUGCUGCUGGCCUUGCUGCUGCUGCUGCUCCAAGCCUCGCAGCAGGAGCUCAGCACCGUCAAGCAGCUGGGGCUGGAUGCGACCCCUGCGCCCCAGCAGGAGCUCAGCACCGUCAUGGAGCUGGAGCUGGACAUGGCCCCCACGGCCUUCGACGACCAGUACCAAGGCUGCAGCAAGCUGAUGGAGGAGGAGGUGGCGGAGCUGAACCGCGCCGAGCUCAGCAGCGACAGGCAGUACGCCGAGGCUUGGGCGCUGGCAGCCGAGGAGUGGCGCAGCCGUCGGGGCAGGGUGCCCGCGGCGCUGGUGCCCGAGCAGGCGCUGGCACUGCUGGCGUACACGCAGCAGGGCGCCCUGCACCGCCGCUUCAACGCGGCCGUGCGGCAGGGCGGCCGCUCCCGCGGGCACUACCUGCGCUCCUUCCCCUUCAAGGCUCUGCACUUUCUGCUCAGCCGAGCGCUGGCCGCGCUGGGGGCCGCGCAGCCGCCGCGCUGCCGCCGGGUGUACCGCGGGGUGCGGGGCGUCCGCUUCCGCGCCCGGCCCGGCAGCGCCGUCCGCUUCGGCCACUUCGCCUCCGCCUCGACGAGCAACGGCAGCGCCGCAGCCUUCGGCCGGGACAGCUUCUUCUGCCUGCGCACCUGCUACGGCGUCGCCGUGCGGGACUUCUCCUUCUACCCCGAGGAGGACGAGGUCCUCAUCCCCCCCUUCGAGAGCUUCGAGGUGCUCAGCGUCAGCCAGGCCGGGGGCACAGCCCUGAUCGAGCUCCGCUCCCGGGGGGGGCACAGCAACUACAACUGCGAGUUCGUGAAAGAGAAGCGGUGCCAGAGCCACCCCUGCCCCUUCAGCUCAGGCAGGAGCAUCCGUGGGGCCCCCCCGCACCUGUGGGUGCUGCUGGCAGCCGCGGCCCUGGCGCCGCCGGGGGGGCACUGAGCCAGGGCAGCACCGAGGACAGCGACCCGCGGCCGGGAACGGGCACCGGGAACGGAAGCCUCUCCCGGAGCUGGGGAUGCAGGAUGCGGCGGAGCUCCGCCAGGGACGGGCACCCACGGCAGGGCUGAGUCUGGGGGUGCCCCUGCCCAGCCUGCUGCUCUGGCCCCCACUUUUCCCUGCCCCCAGAGGAAUAAAGUCCUGGCACAGCCAUGGGCCAAA